GUUUUUGAUAGAUUUGUUGAUUUCCAGGAGUUUUUUCACCGAGGAUAGCUGGUUCAAGAAGCUGUACAAUAAUCUGCAGAAGGAUAUGUACAGCUUCGAGUUCAUCAAGUUCAUCUUCUCGAUGUUCCACUCGGUGGCUUUGGUGACGCAAGUGAGCGUUUCGCACAUCGGCAACAUGCAGGAGCUCCUGAUGACGCUGCUCGUGUCUUCAUUUAGCCUCUUCCUCUUCAACUACUCUUUGGGCGAUUACAGCGCCGCCCUGAGUCUAACAAGAGCUGUUUGGUACAAAUACGUGAUGACCGUUCGCAAUAUGAAGAAAUUCAUGGCCGUGCACAAUAUAACGGCGCAGAGCGAGAAGAGGAUCAUUUCGUACAUGGAAUCGCAAUGGUUGUACGACGGUGGGCUUCGCAAUAAGGAGCUCCUCAGAGAUCUCCCCGACUUCCUUUACAACGAGCAGCAAAUCGCUUACUACCUGAACCUAAUUCAGAGCAUUCCGCUCUUCCAAAACGUCCCUCUGAACGUGCAAGAAUCGCUCGCUUCUUUAGCUCAAACCGAGUUCCUUCCGCCCGGAGAAAUUGUCGUUUACAACGGAGUCGCUCUCAAGAACAUGUACAUCAUCGAUCAAGGAUAUUGCGAAGUUUUAUCUGAAUUCACAUCGAGGGUGAAAUGGACUUUGAAGCCGAACGACCAUUUCUGCUGCAUCGCAACGCUCCUGCAAAAGCCGUACCCUCUGGACAUCAGAACCAUAACUCACGUGUCUCUGGUGAAGAUCUCAAGAGCCGACGUGCUGUACGCCUUCAAGCUGCAUCCGACCUUGUUCGAAACAUUCAAGAUCCUAAUGGAGGAGCUGCAGAACAACAUUGUACGUACACAAUCAAUUCAAAUAACAAACUAAAC